GCUGAGUUAGUCCGAAGGGAAGCUUCACGUCAACCCAAAUCCCUCCCCCCCCACGACUCCCCAUCUUCUCCAUCAUCCCCUUUCCCUUCCAUCUAUCUUCCACCACACAUACUCACCAGCCUCCGGAGCUUCUGGAGGUAAAAUAUCGUCACCAUGGCUGAUCGUUACUCUUUCUCUUUGACUACUUUCUCCCCCAGUGGAAAGCUGGUCCAGAUCGAAUAUGCCCUCAACGCUGUUAAUCAGGGUGUAACGGCCCUUGGUAUCAAAGCUACCAAUGGAAUCGUCCUCGCCACUGAAAAGAAGUCCUCAUCGCCGCUCAUCGAUCCCCCCUCCCUCUCUAAGAUCUCCCUGAUCACGCCCGACAUCGGCAUGGUCUACGCCGGCAUGGGUCCCGAUUACCGUGUACUUGUCGACAAGGCCCGCAAGGUCUCCCACACUGGCUACAAGCGCAUCUACAACGAAUACCCUCCCACUCGUAUACUAGUGCAGGAUGUCGCCCGCGUCGUACAAGAGGCGACGCAGUCCGGUGGUGUCCGCCCGUACGGUGUCAGCUUGCUGAUUGCUGGCUGGGACGAGGGAAUCGAGCCGGAGACCGGAGAUGCCCAGAGAGGUGACGAGGAGGGUGAGCCGAAGAAGGCGACCGGUAAGACGGGUGGUAUCUUGAAGGGUGGGCCCAGUCUCUACCAGGUCGACCCCAGCGGUAGUUACUAUCCCUGGAAGGCCACGGCCAUCGGCAAGCACGCCACCAGCGCCAAGACCUUCCUCGAGAAGCGCUACACCGAGGGUCUGGAGCUCGAGGAUGCCAUUCACAUCGCUCUCCUGACUCUGAAGGAGACUAUCGAGGGCGAGAUGAACGGUGACACGAUAGAGAUUGGUAUUGUCGGUCCUCCUGCCGAUCAUUUGCUGGGCUUUGAGGGUGUCGAGGGCGCGCGGGGACCCCGAUUCAGGAAGUUGACCAAAGAGGAGAUUGAGGACUAUCUGACCAACCUAUAAACUCUCCGUCUUGUUACAGUUUAUUGGCGGAACCUUAUAGCAUAAUAGACAUCUAUCAAGUCUGGCAAGGUUUCAACGAGAUGACAGCGUUUUCCUUCCGUCUCCUGGUUCUGAAAGACCGCCGGGUCUUUCUCUGAUCCGAGCAACGAGGGUUACAGCCGGGAGACCCUGUGACCACGCAAAUUGAUGAAAUGUAUGGGGCGUGUCGACCUCGCCAAGUAAUGCCGCAACCGAAAAGAACAUUAUACUACUAGUCAAUGAAUGUG